CUGUACUUCGUCGGGCCACAACCCUCUGACGUCGACUUCAAAACACUUCCGUAAAUAUUCCACUCCGUUUUUAGUGUACUAGCUAGCAUACGAAGUGUUUGGAAAUAUUUCUUUUUUGCUACAUUUAUCUAAAUAGAAUGAAGGCCAAGGGAUUUGCAGUAGCCCAUCACCAGUAAAGGUAAAGCGUUAGUUAGCCUAGCAGGUAAACGGACAACUAACCUAGUUAGCUGGGACACACUCUUUUUUUUCUCAACCACUUCGAUAGAGCUACGACCGGAAAUGAUAUUAAUAGCAGGUUAGGAGGGCAGUUUUGCUAACCAUAAUUAUUUUCAUAACCUUAUUAACAAAAUUGUCCUAACCUGCUACACUGAUUCUCAUAACCCGUUGCGUAAUAAUUUGUCCUAAUCUGCUACGAGAAAGGUAACUUCCGGUCGUAGCUGUAUCGAAGUGGCGUGAAGAGUGUUUCUCAUAGUUAGAUAGCUACAUCUCCAAAUACGAUGUAGGCAUUUGCAGGCACUUGGCUAGCUCAUUUAUAUAGGGGAAAUUACAUUAUCUGUCUAGCUCAUUUAGAAAUGAAUGUCAUCGGGGGGUUUUGAUUAGUUUGUCUUUUGUAGAGACAUUGGUGCAAAAUGGAUGUUGACGUUAAACUAGAGGAAGAUGAGAGGGAGAUAUCCCAAACAAUAAUUUGGUCUGAUUCGAUUAAUGCCUGGAUAGAUUACCCAAAUUCAACAUUGUCAGGAAACACAGAAACAGGUUACCAUGUGGGUUUACUGAAAGAUAAUUCACAUGUACAUCCCAUCAGUCCCCAAACAACAAGCCAAGGGCAGAUUUUACGUAUUUUUCCUGAAAUGACCGGAGCAAGUGAUGUGGAGAACAGGGCUGUCAAAGUGGUUUAUUUCUGUAAAGAUCAAGAUACCAUCGGCACAUCUGAAGUUAAUUCAAUCAAAGAGCGAUCGUGGCAUUUAGCACCAUCCAGUGAUAUUCUGACAGGACAUGCAUCCGCCUUCAGUGGUUAUUUUGAAGCUGAAAUCAACCCAACUUCGCAGGUUUCUUGCCAAACACAGACCCAGAUCAAUAAUGAAUUGCCCUCUGACAAUGUUAAUAUCCCAAGCCAUAGUACUGCCAUUCAUUCUGUGCUAACCUCACCUGCUACAGAAAGCGGCUGUAAUUUAGCUGUAUCUACUAGGCCUAUUCUUCCAGAAUAUUGUGAGCCAUUGAACUUUCCCUCUGAUGAAGAGGAAAACUACAAUGUCAAUUUAAGACAAAGACUACAAUGCCAGAAAACGUUAGAGGAUAAAUAUAUACGUCAGUGUCGUGGCAGUUACUCAAGACCAAACCUAAGAAAGUUUGGGAAAUACUGGAAAGAUCCAUACGCCAAGUGCAAGGAGAUGGGUGUAGAUUUCAAUGUUGGAUCAGGAGCGAAACAGAAACUUGAUUUGCAUUUACUGACAUUUGGUGUAAUGCUUGAGGUGUCAGAAUAUGCUAGAAACAUUAAUAGAUCUCGCCCUCAUGUUAUCUUUGAUAUUCUAGAUUACAACUUUGGUCUUGGUGUACAAAAUGAACAACAAUAUGACUUUUCAAACAAGAUAGAAAAGAAAUUAAAAGAAAUGCUGAAGAUGCAUUCCAAGAGAACACCUGCGUGGUUAACAGAAGUGUUUGAACUUCCUGAUCCAAAGACGGUUAAAGUUUUGGAAUACUCCCUUAAAUGGGCACAGUUCUAUUUACAAAACAGCUGGUCAAAUCCUACACCGUUUGACAUUUGCAUAAAGGAGGAGCCUGUUGUUGGCCUGAUCUCUCCUCUGCAUGUGACGACAGAGAGCUUCUCUACCGAGACAGAUGUAACACGAUGUGCUGAUGAGACUGCAAUCCUUGGCCCUGAAAAUGGACGUAAUGAUAUCUGCACAAGGUAUGAACCUGAUAUGGGCAUCGUCUAUCCUCAACAUGUCCAGGCGGACACCUUCACAUCUCAGACAGAUAUAACAAUGGGCCAAUCCUUAAUAAUGCCCACUGUAGAAGAAGCAUUGAGGGACCUCUACCCCAUCUGUAAGGAAAAAGGACUUGACAUUGUUGUGAAAUCAAAAUAUGGGAAAGCUGAGAAACUUGACUUGCAUCUAUUGACCAGAGAUGUAAUGUUUGAAUUGGCUGAUUUUGCCUCACAAGUGUGUGGAAAUUGGAAGCAGAUUGUGUGUGAGGUUCUCGAGCAUAAUUUUGAUUUGGAUUUAAAAAGUGGUAAAACUGAGCUGGCUGAAGAUAUUAUGGGAAGGUUAAGAGCAGUUUUGCAGCGCAAGACGGGUAAAAACGGUACAUGGAGAUGGGAACUUGAAAAUGAAGCUUUCUUCUUAAAGAAGUCACGCAAACGAAAGAAUCCUGCAGAGAUGUCCAGUAACCAGAAGGUCACUACAGCAUCACUUGAGCCAAAAUACCAAAUGAAAGAAGUAUCAAAAAGAAGGAGAUUGAAUUUAAUGAGGAAGAAGAAAGACAUGGACAUGUUUGUAACCAAGGAGACUGAGGGAGGCCAUUUUUUUGAAGUCAUACAAAUAGAACCUCAUUGUGUCAAAACAGAGAGAAUCUCUGAUGACACUGACCUUGCACUUUGUACUGAUGAAACAAAGCAAAUUGGUAACAACAAUGUAGACCAAUCAAAUGUGACGUCUCACACCAAAAAAAUGGUGAAAGCCGAAGCGUGCUACCCACUCUGUGAGGAAAUAGGCGUGGACCUUGAUGUUGCAUCCAAACCUUCUAAAAAUAAACUGGAAUUUCACUUACUGACAAACGGUGUAAUAUUUGAGGUGUAUAAAUAUGCUAAGAUAAAAUCCUAUCAUAAAAAAGAAAAAAGAUUUGGCUAUAUUCUCUUUGAUAUUCUAAAAUAUAAUUUUGAUCUUAGUUUGCAAAAUCAGAGACGUAAUCUAUUUCAACUGCGUAUUAACUGUAAAGUGAAAAGAAUGGUUCAGAAACACAAACCUGAGCUCUUGGGAAAAGGAGAAAUCUCUAAAGAAGUGUUCAUACUACCGAGUGUGAUUAAAAGCCAAGCAAAAAAAAAAACUGUGCUUUCAGAUUAUUUUCCUGAAAAAAAUAUAGAACAAGAUGCAAGGCUGGUUUAUCCUCAUCAUAGUAAAGACACUAUCGCUGUGGAGACAGUUGAAACAAUCUCCACUGAUGAAGCAGUAAUGCUUGGCCAGGAUAAUGGACCUGCUGACAUCUGCAUAAAGGAGGAGUCUGAUCUUCACUCUGAGGUCAAACUGGUUUAUUUCUGCAAAGACCAAGAAACUGUCAGAACAUCUGAAGAGCAUUUGAUCAAAGAUGGAUCAUGGCAUGGAUCAACACCCAGUAAUAUUCUGACUGGAAAUGUAUUCAGCCUUCCACAGUCGCCACUACCAGCUGCAGAAAGUGGUCCUUUCGGAAGUAAAAUCAAGUCAACAUCACAGAUAUAACCAGAAGGUCCCUGCAGCAUCACUUGAGCCAAAAUACCAUAGGCUCACAGAAGUAACAGGGGGAAAAAAGGGAUUUAAUGAGGAUAAAUAAAUGUUUAUAGCCAAGAAGGAAAAGAAAGUUGUCAGACAAGUAGAACCUCAUUGAGAUGAGAUGGAGAGCAUCUGCCAAGGAAAAGAAAAGCACUUCCUGACUGAGCUCUCAGGGAAAAGAAAAGCACUUCCUGACUGAGCUCUCAGGGAAAAGAAAAGCACUUCCUGACUGAGAUCUCAGGGAAAAGAAAAGCACUUCCUGACUGAGCUCUCAGGGAAAAGAAAAGCACUUCCUGACAGAUCUCAGGGAAAAGAAAAGCACUUCCUGACUGAGAUCUCAGGGAAAAGAAAAGCACUUCCUGACUGAGCUCUCAGGGAAAAGAAAAGCACUUCCUGACUGAGAUCUCAGGGAAAAGAAAAGCACUUCCUGACUGAGCUCUCAGGGAAAAGAAAAGCACUUCCUGACUGAGCUCUCAGGGAAAAGAAAAGCACUUCCUGACUGAGCUCUCAGGGAAAAGAAAAGCACUUCCUGACUGAGAUCUCAGGGGAAAAAAAGAUGCAAGAUGGAAAGAAAAGUCUGAUCUGCUCCCUAGGGAAAAGCCAGUUUCUUAUUUGCCUGGGGGAAAAAAAGAUUGAUAUUGUUAUAUGUGAUGAAGUGCAACACGAGGUGGAUUCUUACUGAACUUUCAAAAUGCUUUGUAGUUGAGACUGGUUCUGAGAAGAAAUGCUAACAAAUCCUUGCUGAAUACAGAUCAGACAUCCUAGGAUUUGGGGGCUAUUAUAUUGGUCUUUUGGAUCAUACUUGGAAUGUGAAAAGGUUCCUAAUGUUAGUUUUAGGUCUCCCUGAAGUCCGUAGACUUCCAUUCUAUUACUCACCCUAGAACAGUCAACAAGCCUAACACGGAUGUGUAUUCAUUAGGCAUACUGUAGCUAAAUGUUUAAUGGGGAGUCAACAAGCCUAACACAGAUGUGUAUUCAUUAGGCAUACUGUAGCUAAAUGUUUCAUGGGUAGUCAACAAGCCUAACACAGAUGUGUAUUCAUUAGGCAUACUGUAGCUUAAAUGUUUCAUGGGGAGUCAACAAGCCUAACACACAUGUGUAUUCAUUAGGCAUACUGUAGCUAAAUGUUUAAUGGGGAGUCAACAAGCCUAACACAGAUGUGUAUUCAUUAGGCAUACUGUAGCUAAAUGUUUCAUGGGGAGUCAACAAGCCUAACACAGAUGUGUAUUCAUUAGGCAUACUGUAGCUAAAUGUUUAAUGGGUAGUCAACAAGCCUAACACAGAUGUGUAUUCAUUAGGCAUACUGUAGCUAAAUGUUUAAUGGGGAGUCAACAAGCCUAACACAGAUGUGUAUUCAUUAGGCAUACUGUAGCUAAAUGUUUCAUGGGGAGUCAACAAACCUAACACAGAUGUGUAUUCAUUAGGCAUACUGUAGCUAAAUGUUUCAUGGGGAGUCAACAAGCCUAACACAGAUGUGUAUUCAUUAGGCAUACUGUAGCUAAAUGUUUCAUGGGGAGGCUACACUAACGCUUCUUGGACCAAUUCAGAAAUUGGUACACAAGGAGUAGCCUAGUCUUUUUAGGAUUAAGUGAAAAUAGGGAGACAAUAUAUUUUAAACGUAUUCGUAUUAAGGGUUUUAGUCUUUUGAAUAGUGGAUUUUUGCAGAUUGCCUUGGCCUUCCUUCCUGUUUAACUGUUGAUGUCUGGUCUCGCUGUAGAGAAUGAAUACAGCAGGAUUAUUGCGAGACUUAUUUUUUUUCUCUUAACUAUUUUACACCGUAUUCAUUGAUGAGACAAACUCGACUACUUUUACAAGCCUCUAUAUAGAAGAAAACUUCUGAUCUUUUUUUGUUUAGAAAUAAAAAGACAAACAGAUAUAUUUUAUUUUGUAAGAGUAUGCAUUAGUGAAAUAACCUACUAUGAUGGGUCAUGUUUUUAUCUUUUUUUUUUAUCAGUGGGCUAUUUUGAUUUUUUUUUUUUUGCCCUUUUUUUGUGGAAAGGUUAAGAGACUGCAUCAAGACCUGCCUUACUGUUACCCACAUGUUCCUGUUUUGAACAUGGAGCUAUUCUACCGUAAACUAAGAUUUUUUUAAUUUUUUUUAAGGAUACUUCCACUGACAUUCUUAGAGGUGUCAUUUUAUUGUGAGGAACUGCAUUUCGAUCAGAAUAGUUUUUCUGUUUUGUCCUCUGUUUUUGUGAGUGACUCAGUCACUCGUCUCAGUGCACAAGUCUCCCCUUUCUCCAGACAUGGCGUAUGAAUCAGAAUCCGUAGCUAGUUAUGACACGUGAGCUUCUGGAUGAAAAGCAGAGUAUCCCUAAAGCAGCGUGGUCGUAUCAUCCCUUCUCCAUGUUGGACUAAACACUUUCAACUCUACACAAGUGAAAACCCCAAAUCCCUAAAGUGGUGGAGAAGGAGGCCACCUACAGAAUGUUAGGAGCAGUGGCUUGUUCCCAGGAGACCAACACUUGAGGACGCAACUUCUGUCAUGAUGACGAGGUGGCAUCUCCGCUGAUCCUCUAUUUGCCAUACUAGAGGGACAUGAAGUCUGACUCCAUCUUCAACAUGUGGACCUGCCCUGAUGAUGUUGGACACCACUGUUACACCUUCAGCCAUGUUGAUUUCCUGUCAGACUGGGUUUUUUAUUUUUUACUCCUUUCCAUGGACGGACUGACCUUUUACCAGAACAGGAAUACAAUGUUUAUCAGACCCUCCUCACCAGUGGACUAACUACUCAAACUGGUCGUGAAGUCACAGGAAAUAGACUGAUCUGUUAGGAGGGAUGCAGCAUUCUAAUCCUGGUUAGAUUAUAGUUAUAAGGAGAGUUCAGGUAGUAACCAGUACAUUGAGAUAAAUGUAGAUGUCCACACUCUGGACAAUAUAAAAGGCUUUGGAGAGGGACCACGUUUUCAGGAGAAGGAUAACAGGACCUUGUCCAGAAACAACCCCCAGCUCUGUAUGCAACUGUAUGCACAAUUCCCUGAUUCUAUUAAAUAAUGUAUUACAUUGCCUUUAUAAAAUUUCCUGUACACAUCACAUUUUAGAAAUUCAAUGGUCAUGAAAUUAUUAUUAUUUUUUCCGCAUUUACACUGUUUGGCCUUUUGUCGUGGAAUUGUUUGUGUGCAUCUUAAGAGUGGAAACCCUGUGUAUAGAUCUGAAAUGAUUCGCUCUUUAAACAUUUCAUCUAGCCUA